GUGCGGGGAGCGGCGGGGCCGGGGCUGGCCCAAGGGCGCCCUCGCCUCGGAGCCGGGCGCAGGGCCGCGGCGGAGGCGGAGGCCGGCGGGGUGGCGAGCGCGGAGAAGUUUGGUGGCGGAGGGCCGAGCGUCCGGGGGUCGCCGGGAAGCGGCGACGGCGCCUUGGGGCCAGGGCCAUGGGGGCGGGCGCGGGCUGCGGGGCUGGCGCGGAGGCGGUGCGGCGCGCUCUGAGCCCCGGGAGCGGCGCGGCGGGCGCGGCGCAAAGUUAGCCCGGCGCCCCGGGACGAGCGCAGCAACCGCCCGCAGCCCCUGGACCCCACCUCGGCCAUGGGCGAGCACCCUAGUCCUGGUCCCGCAGUGGCCGCCUGCGCCGAGGCGGAGCGCAUCGAGGAGCUGGAACCUGAAGCCGAUGAGAGGCUGCCCGCUGCGCCAGAAGACCACUGGAAAGUCCUGUUUGAUCAGUUUGACCCUGGGAACACAGGCUAUAUCAGCACAGGCAAGUUCCGCAGCCUUCUCGAGAGCCACAGCUCCAAGCUGGACCCGCACAAAAGGGAGGUACUCCUGGCCCUUGCUGACAGCCAUGCAGAUGGGCAGAUCUGCUACCAGGAUUUUGUCAACCUGAUGAGCAACAAGCGUUCCAACAGCUUCCGCCAGGCCAUUUUGCAGGGCAACCGCAGGCUAAGCAGCAAGGCCCUGCUGGAGGAGAAGGGACUGAGCCUCUCACAGCGGCUGAUCCGCCACGUGGCCUACGAGACCCUACCCCGGGAGAUUGACCGCAAGUGGUACUACGACAGCUACACCUGCUGCCCCCCACCCUGGUUCAUGAUCACAGUCACACUGCUGGAGGUCGCCUUCUUCCUCUACAACGGGGUGAUGCUGGAUCAGUUUGUGCUGCAGGUGACCCAUCCUCGUUACCUGAAGAACUCCCUGGUUUACCACCCCCGGCUCCGAGCACAGGCUUGGCGCUACCUGACAUACAUCUUCAUGCAUGCAGGGGUAGAACAUCUGGGACUCAACGUGGUGCUGCAGCUGCUGGUGGGGGUGCCCCUGGAGAUGGUGCACGGAGCCACCCGCAUUGGGCUUAUCUAUGUGGCUGGUGUCGUGGCAGGGUCCUUGGCUGUGUCUGUGGCUGACAUGACUGCACCGGUAGUGGGAUCUUCUGGAGGGGUGUAUGCUCUCGUCUCUGCCCAUCUGGCAAACAUCGUCAUGAACUGGUCAGGCAUGAAGUGCCAAUUCAAGUUGCUACGCAUGGCUGUGGCCUUGAUCUGUAUGAGUAUGGAGUUCGGGCGGGCCGUGUGGCUCCGCUUCCACCCGUCGGCCUAUCCCCCGUGCCCUCACCCAAGCUUCGUGGCACACUUGGGUGGUGUGGCUGUGGGCAUCACCCUGGGCGUGGUGGUCCUGAGGAACUAUGAACAGAGGCUGCAGGACCAGUCGCUGUGGUGGAUCUUUGUGGCCAUGUACACCAUCUUCGUGCUGUUUGCCGUCUUCUGGAACAUUUUUGCCUAUACUCUGCUGGACUUGAAGCUACCACCACCCCCCUAAGGGGCUG